GCUCCUUCUGAUGCUGAGCUGCUGUGUGUCUGUGAAAGAGAGGCUUCCAGACUGCAAAGAUGGAGAAUCCCAACCUGACAUGCAUCAUAUGCUUUGACCAGUUCAAAUACCCCGUCACCAUCCCCUGUGGCCAUACCUUCUGCAAAAACUGCAUCAUCACGCUUUGGGACACAAAGAGCAAGUCAAAUAUUGGUCCACAUUGUCCCAUCUGCAACGAGAAGUUCACCACCCGGCCUGUCCUCAAGAGGAAUGUGUCCCUGUCUGUCCUGACUGAGGCCGCCAACAGCACCGGGCCGUCCUACAGGGAGCCGCUGAUGAGGGGGAGUGAGGGCCCCCGGGCCAUGGUGCUGUGCGAUCGCCACAAGAAGCCCCUGGUUUAUUACUGCAAACAGGACAAGAUGUCGGUGUGCUGUGAGUGCGGCAUCUCCGACUGUGGGAACCACGACAAGGUCUUGCUGGAGGCAGAGAGGGAACAUCAAGAGCUGAUGUUGGAGCGGAAGAAUAAAGAGGUGGGAAAACUUCUUGAGGAGACACAGAAAAAUCUAAUCGACCUGGCAGAGAAUAUCAAGCAAGCAAAGCUGACUCUGGAGCAGACCUCUACCUGGGUGAACGCCAAAUUCUCCAGCCUGUUGAAGGUCCUGGCUGAGAAGCAGGAAGCCACGGAGCUCUUCAUCGAUGUGCAGAAAGAGGGCGCCGUCACAGAGGCGGAGGCACGGCUGGCCCAGCUGGAAGAGCGGUGUCAAGUCCUCCAAGAGAGCCAAGGCCGGAUCGCAGCGCUGCACAGCCUCCCGGACACGGAGCUCAUCAGGGAAUCGAUGCAUGUAGAAGUUCCACGCUUCAACGAAAUCCCCACAGAUGUCACGCCGAACCUCCAGGAUCGGUUGAACGGUAUCACAGAGGUCCUGUCUCGAGUUUCCAAGCUGGUGUCGGAGGACCUGGAGAAAGCCGUGAGCACCGCCGUGGGUCAGGACAAAGACGGUUCUCCUCAAGAUAGGAGGCCGAUACUCGCCGUGGUUCCCAGUCCUGCUGCUCCGUGUCACCCGGGUGGGAAGGAGGGCCUCAGCGCUUACCGAUGCUCCCUGACCUUUGACCCUCGCACCGCCAACGGGCACCUGUUCCUGUCCAUGGAGAACCGAAGGGCGGAGCACCUGACCUCCGGGCCCCGACCCGUCCCGGCCCACGAGGCCCGCUUCGAUCACACCUGGCAGGUGCUCUGCUUCCAGGGCUUCAAACACGGGCAGCACUACUGGGAGCUGGAGGUGUCCAAGCCCUGGGCCUACCUCGGGGUGACCUACGAGACCAUCCCCAGGAAAGAGAAGGGCAAGAGAUGCAUGGUGGGCAUGAACGAGCUGUCCUGGAGCCUUCAGCUGGACGAGCACCAGCUCAGCGCGUGGCACAACGGGCGGUGCGAGAGGCUGGUCGGACACUCCCAGCACAGCCGCAUCGGCAUGCUGCUGGACUACGAGGCGGGGACGCUCACGUACUACGGCGACGGGCAGACCCGGCUGCACGCCUUCCACUGUGCCUUCACCCAGGAGCUGUUCCCCGCCUGCUGGAUAGGAGAGGGCGUCAGCAUCACGCUCUGCUCCACAUGAAGAGCACCCAGGUACACAAGGGAGCACUACCAACUCUGUACAAGAUCCACCCUGACCACUCCCAAGGGUUUUUUUUUUUUAUUUUAAAAUGACUUUUUACCCACGUAACUGACGGACUUCCAUUCUUUGGCUUAACUUACAAUUUACACUGCAGAUCAGAGUCCCCAGUUUGGAAACUUGGAACACACUCUACUCUGUAAACACAUUACAGAUCCACUAUCCUUCGUUUAAGUACGGGUUUAUUUUUGGAGAGAUGUUCACUGUCUAGUUGGAGGAGACUGAUCUCACUGAAGAAUCAGUCCAAAAAUUUAGUUUUACUUUAUUUUGAAUCUUCUACUGUGAGAAAAUAAGCACUUACUGUCAGUUGCGUUUACAAGUAGACGAGUCACCAACUCAUGAAAAUCUACACACACGCUGGUUUAGGUUUCGUUAGUCCUGGAUGGACACACACUUCUCAUGAAAUCCAGCACACACUGGUGUGUAGAGGAACUUCUUCUACACCAAAAAUCAUAGACAGUUUAUCAAACAACAGCUUAAACAAGUCGUCCUGUGCUUUUCUUAAUUUAAUUAACUUAAAGUACCUUUCUUGUUAAAAACAGCCUAAGUAUCAAAUAAAGUGGUCUACCACUUGUUGAAAGCAUCAUGAAGAAACCUCUGCAAAUGAAAAUUUAGUCUAUCCACAUCUAGUAAUCUACUUUUAGUCCUCUGAGACAUUGAGGCUGGUGUCAAAUUACUCAAAUUUUUCAAGCUGUGAAUGAAUAAAAUGCUACUGUAGUGCAUACAGUGAGGAAAGCAUUGAAAUGAGUUUAGUGUUCACUUUAAAAGGGAAACGAUGGUGCUGCCACCUUGUGUUGUACAUGUGUAGAAAUAUGCUUACAUGAAGGAAAGAGAGCCACAGUGGGAGGUUUUCCAGAGUGCAAUUAUUCUAAUUAGCUGCUAGUUGUUUUGGAAAUGUGCUGUAUUCAUCCACACAAAAGAUCUUAAAAAAAAAAAAAGUUUUUACAUUCUGCUUCAUUUAAUCUUGGUUUUAAUUGAAAUUUGCAGUUGUCAGUUUUGUACUAGUGUGUGAGUACAGUAUCUUUCCAAAGGUUGGAGCAUCAUGGGAAAAUUGGAAAAUCUACCAUAUUUCUUAGUCUUUAAACUGGGAUCCGAGCUUAUGUUGGAUUACGAUCUACACUGACUGCGUGGUUCUUCUUAUCGCUCUAAAAACGGAUGAAACUUCACUUGUGCUGCACUUGACACUGUAAACAAGUGAGAAGACGAAGCAAUAAACCCUGAAGAGACGGUUUGAACUUCUACUCUCCAGCAUGCCUGAACCUUCACCUGUGUAGAAACGGUGGACUAACAGGAUGGGAAAUACAAUCCUGACCGCUACACCGGCACACGUGAUGCAGAUGGAGCUAUUGUUGACUGUAUGAAACAUUACUACUGAGAGUACAGCACUGAAACUGGAUUCCUUUUUUUUUUUUUUUUUUUUUUUUUUUCUUGGAGUUGGGAUCUGAGCAUGAAUGCACAAACCGCACUGGCCCCGAACCCUUUACCUUUACCUUGGGUUGUCAGAUUACGAGUAUUCAUGAUGUAAAGCACUAGAUUCUGGGAUGCCGAGGUACUGGACAUGUUGGGAAACCUUUGUGGAUUUACAAAAGCUGUCGAACUCUGACAGAUGGGAAAAUCUUUCUCUGGAAGACGUCAAGUCUGCUCAUACACUAUGGUCUUGUUUUAAUAUUAACAUUUACUCAUUGUACAAAAAAAAAACAAUAAAAAAUACACACUCCUGUUCCACAUCAAUCAAGAGCAGUUUAAUAAAAUCCAAUGCGCACAUGCAUUAGUGGAAAUCA